AGUAUGUCAUCCUAUGCAUUGUCUCAUAAGAGCAGCAAUGCUUAACUUCUGACACAUUUCUAUAGUACUUCUAGAAGAUGUUGUUUGUCCUCAAAUAUAUCCUAUGACUCAUGUUUAUCACAACGUGCCUCUUAUUCUUUAAGACUUUUUUAUCUAGGAAAACACUUUUGUCUGGCAGCACAUGAUAAACAGGUAAUUUUCUAUUACAGGGUCAGUUAACAUUCAAGGAUGUGGCUGUGGACUUCUCACAGGAGGAAUGGGAAUGUCUUGACUGUGCUCAGAGGACAUUGUACAUGGAUGUGAUGUUGGAGAAUUACAACAAUCUGGUUUUUGUGGGGAAUCAUUGCAUGUGUCCUAAAUAUGAGAACAUGUUGGAUCAAGAUCUACAGCAUAUUGUCCACGAGCAUGUAAAUAUCAAAGUGAAAUCUUAUAAAUGUCAUGAGCUUGGCAAAAUCAUUCAUGACUCCGCCCAAAGUGCACCUUAUGAAACUAACCUCAGGGCUACAUCUGUUGAGUCAUCAAAUCAAAGCAGACAUGAAACUGGAAACAAUAGAGAACCUUGCAAAUAUCAAAACCCUGUAAACUAUUUAAAUUUGUGCUCUACCAAGAGUCUAAAUCAAGGAAGCAACAUAGGAAAGAAAGAGUACAAUGGUGCAGAGCUUAAUAAGGUUUUUGACUCUAAAGGAACACUCAUGUUGAAACAAACCAAAAGUGGAAAGAAACCUUACAAAUGUCAUGAAUGUGCCAAAUGUUUUGCCAAGAAAUGCUGGUUUAGAAAACAUCAGACAAUUCAUACAGGAGAAAAACCUUACAAAUGUAGUGAAUGUGACAAAUCCUUUACCCAAAAAGGCAGUCUUAGUAUUCAUCAGAGGUAUCAUACAGGAAAGAAACCUUACAAAUGUACUGAAUGUGAGAAAUGCUUCAUUCAAGUUGGUGAUCUUAGAAGACAUCAGAGAAUACAUACAGGGGAGAAACCUUACAAAUGUAGUGAAUGUGACAAAUGCUUUAGCUACAAAAGCAGCCUUAGAAGUCAUCAGAGAAUUCAUACAGGAGAGAAGCCUUACAAAUGUAGUGAAUGUAACAAAUGUUUCACCCACAAAGGCAGUCUUAGUAUUCAUCAGAGAAUUCAUACAGGAGAGAAACCUUACAAAUGUAGUGAAUGUGACAAAUGCUUUACCCAAAAAGGCAGUCUUAGUAUUCAUCAGAGAAUUCAUGCAGGAGAGAAACCUUACAAAUGUAGUGAAUGUGACAAAGGCUUUACUCUAAAAUGCAGUCUUAUCAUUCAUCAGAUAAUUCAUACAGGAGAGAAAGCUUACAAAUGUAGUGAAUGUGACAAAUGCUUUACCCUCAAAAGUGAUCUUAGUAUUCAUCAGAGAAUUCAUACAGGAGAAAAACUUUACAGAUGUAGUGAAUGUGACAAAUGCUUUACAAAGAAAUAUCGUCUUAGAAGUCAUCAGACAAUCCAUACAGGAGAGAAACCUUACAAAUGUAGUGAAUGUGACAAAUCUUUUACCCUGAAAGGCCAUCUUAGAAUUCAUCAGCGAAUUCAUACAGGAGAGAAGCCUUACAAAUGUAGUGAAUGUGACAAAUGCUUUACUCAAAAAUGCAGUCUUACUAUUCAUCAGAAGAUUCAUGCUGGAGAAAAACCCUACAAAUGUAGUGAAUGUGACAAAUACUACACUCGCAAAAGCCAUCUUAAUGUUCACCAGCGCAUUCACAUAGGAGAGAAACCUUACAAAUGCAGUGAAUGUGACAAAUGCUUUACCAACAAAUAUUGUCUUAGAACUCAUCAGAGAAUACAUUCAGUUAAUAAACCUUACAAGUGUAGUGAAUGUGACAAAUCUUUUGCCCUGAAAACCAGGCUCAGGUGUCAUCAGAUAAUUCAUACUGGAGAAAAACCAUACAAAUGUAAUAAAUGUGGCAAAUACUUUACCCAAAAAGGCAGUCUUUUUAUUCAUCAGAGAAUUCAUACAGGAGAGAAACCUUACAAAUGUAGUGAAUGUGACAAAUACUUUACCCGCAAAAGCAGUCUUAAUGUCCACCGGAGAGUUCAUACAGGAGAGAAACCUUACAAAUGUAGUGAAUGUGACAAAUGCUUUUCCCACAAAGGUGAUCUUAGAAAACAUCAGAGAAUUCAUACAGGAGAAAGAACCUCACAAAUGUGAAUGUGACAUGUGCUUUACCUAAAAAUUCAGUCAUCUUAUUCAUUUGAGUAUUCAUACAGGAGAGAAGCCUUACAAAUAAAGUGAAUGUGACAAAUGCUUUAUCCACAAAAGCGGUCUUAGAAUUCAUCAGAGAAUUCAUGCAGAAGAAAAACUUUAAAAAUAUAGUGAAUGUGACAGAUUCUUUAGCCAGAAUCUGUCUUAGCACUCAUCAGAGAAUGCAUACAGUAGAGCAACUUCACAAAUGAAGUGAAUGAGAAAAUCUAUUCCCAAGGAAGAUCAUCUUAGAAUUCAUCCGAGACUACAUAUAGGAGCAGGACCUUAUAAAUGUAGUAAAUUUACAAAUCUUUUAUUUUGGGUACAUCACUUAGAAUACAUCAAAGAAUGUGUACAGGAUAAAAACCUUAUGAAUGCAAAGUAUGAAGAAAGGUCUUUACCCAAAUCUCAGAUCUAAGAAAAUACCUGGAAAUUAAUAGUCGGACAAAAAGUGUUCACUGGAAAAAAAUUUGGCAUUUGCUUUAUCCAACUCAUAUUGUUUGCAACACUUGAGGCUCCACACUAGAGAAUUAUUAUAUAUGUGAGGAAGAUGAGAAAGCAUUUAAAUAAUCCUCAAAUCUUACAAACUACCCAGAGUUUAUGCU